CACCUAUCAUGGAAAAUGUUGGAGAGGCGCUCCUGCUUGUCUGUCCGACUGCUGCAAACUUUCCUUAUCUUCCGGGACUCCUGCUGUAGUUUGGGAGGCGAGAAGAAGAGGAGGAGGAGGAGGAGGCACAGUAAUAACCGAGAGGCAGAGUAAAAGUCUUCUCAAUGCAACACCAAUUAUGUUGAACCAUUUAACCUGAACUAAGGGUACUUGGUUAAAGGUACAAUGCCGGAGGCUGCCGACAUGAUUAACUUGGGGUUCCUGUCCGACUCUGAGCGGGAAUUAAUCCUGGAGGUGCUGCGACGGGACGAGGAGCUGAGGCUGGCUGAGGAGCAGCGUGUGCGGAAGUUGAAGACAGAGUUGAUGGAAGUGAAGAGGAAAGGGGCCAAACGUGGCAGUGGUAGAUACAGUCAGCAUGUUUGUGGCCGAUGCCUGGUGCCUCUGACUCGACUGGCUGUUUUCAAUAGCCAGUGCAGGAUAUGCAAUCACUAUGUCUGCCGCAACUGCCGAAAAAUCCUGCCUAAUAAUUCCUGGGUGUGCAGCGUGUGUGCCAAAGAAUCGGAGCUAAAGAAAAGGACAGGUGACUGGUUCUAUGAUCAAAGGUACAACCGUUUUUCUACAGCGCCUGGACAUGACCUGGUGAGGGUCUCCCUGAAAAAGAGGCUGGCAUUGAAGAAACAUGAGACAGUGGGACAAACACUCUUGAGAAGUACUGAAAUAAACCCACAUCUUGCCAGUGCUGUGUCCCAGCAGCCCAAGCAGAAAAAUCUGACAUUUUCCCUAAGUGAGACAUCGGGAUCCAUCACUUCAAGAGAAUCAGUUGAAUCAAGGGAUGAGGUCUGGUCAAGGCCAAUUCGCAGCGACACAGAGUCUGUAGAAAAUGCCAGUAUAACAAGCAGCAAGACUGAGACUGAGUCUGGCCGUGUGACCCCUGAGCAACCAAGGACAGAACAGCACCUGGUUGAGACCAGCCCAGCAGGAUCCCAUGUUUCCAGUCUGACCGUCGCAGUCAGAGCAGAUACUAUCAAAAAUGAAAGUGCCAACCUAGACGCUAUGACUGUCCCAGAAGUGAAACCAGUCAAUCCGAACCCAGAGCAGGAGGUUGACAGACUCUUCAAGAAAAGUGUCAGACGAGCCCCAAAGCCUGCCGAGUAUGUCUCAACACUGGAUCUGCGUGAUGAGCGCAACACGUCAGAGGUCUCAAUGGGCAACAGGAGCCGUUCUGUACCAGGCUUAGAUCUACAGGCAAAUGAGGAGGAGGAGGAGGAGGAGGAAGAUAUUGACAGUUUGGUGAGCUUUCAUAGAAGGACAAUGGCCUCGAGUUCCUCCAGCCUGCGUAGCUCAAAGAGCACUCUGGGAAGCCUGAUGAGUAUUUACAGUGAGGCGGGAGACUAUGACAGCGUCGAAGUGAGCGGAGAUAUCAUCUUCUCUAUGAGCUACGAGGAACAUACUCAAAGUCUCCAGGUCUUCAUCAAGGAAUGCCAUAAGCUGGCUUUUGGCGAUGCCUCACGGCAGCUCUCCAACCCUUAUGUCAAAUGUUAUCUACUCCCUGACAAAUCUCGCCAGAGCAAAAGGAAGACCAACAUCAAGAGAAACACUAUCAACCCCAUCUACAAUGAAACAUUAAAGUACUCCAUCAGCCGUUCUCAGCUGUUCACUCGCUCCAUGUUGAUAUCAGUCUGGCAUCAUGGUCGCCUCAGCCGCAACACCUUCCUGGGAGAAGUGGAGAUCCCUCUGGACUGCAGAGACCUCGACUCCCCGCAGGAAGACUGUGUGGCUCUCAUGCCAAAGGCAGCCUCUGUUGUGCCGGUUUCAGCUUUUGCUCAGUACAAAGGAGAGUUGGUGAUCUCAUUGAAGUAUGUCCCACCUAAAAAGCCAACAACUGAGAAAAUCAAAGGCAAAAAAGCAGCACCUGAAGGAGGGGGGGAGCUGCAUGUUGUAAUUAAAGAGGCAAAGAAUUUGAUGGCAAUGAAACCAGGAGGCACAUCGGAUAGCUUUGUGAAAGGCUACUUGUUCCCAGCUAAGGCAAAGACCACAAAGAGGAAGACUUCGGUUGUGAGGAAGAACCUGAACCCUCACUAUGACCAGACGUUUGUGUAUAAGGACUUGGCUCUGGAGCAGCUGAAGGGGAUGUGUCUGGAGCUGACAGUGUGGGACAGGGAGGCCAUGCUGAGCAAUGAAUUCUUGGGAGGGGUCCGCCUCAGCUCUGGAAGAGGCACUGUAAAAAUAGGAAAAGAGGAAAUGGAGUUGGACUCAGUUGGAGAGGAGGUCAGUCUGUGGCAGAAGAUGAUGCAGUACCCCGACUCUUGGGCAGAGGGCACUCUUCCACUGCGUUCCACCAUGGGGAAGGCCAAGGGCAAAUGAGGACAGCACAAGCCGGAACCCUCAGAAGUAUUCCAGAUACUGGAGCAGUGAGAAGCUCUGGCCUCUAAGACAAACAUGAGAUUUUGGAUGAGUUUUGCUUAUAAAUUUUACCAGACCAAAAGCUUUAGUCACACAGCUCAUUGACGUACUGAACACUACAUAUCUUCUCGGCUUUGAACCCCUCCCAACUGCACACUGUUGUUGAAAUGUGCCAGUGUCAAAACACACACAGCCACUUUAUAUUUUUAAAAUGUUUAUAUUAUUGCAAUUUAAAUGUAUUCACAGAACGUAGCACAGAAACAGUGUCUUAAUUUGUCACCCUUUUGUUUAUAGUUGUGUACACUUGCAUAUUGGAAAACAGCACAUUCUAAACUGGUAUCAUACAGAACUUGUGUUGCAUCCAACAAAUUAUGCUUAAUUUAAUCCAUAAUAUAUUUUAUCUUAAUACUACAAUAUAUAAUUGUAUUUAUAUUACAAGCCUUUAUAUGAAGUAAAGUGAAUUUGUUUUAAAUUUCAAGAUUUUAACCUUUAACCCUUCUCUGGAGUGUGAUCAGAGUCAUGUUUACAUCAAGGUUUCCUUGAAUAUUCUGUUCACCAAAUAAAAACUAACUAAACUCAGA